AUGGCGACGCAAGCACAAAUCGAGGCUGAGACAAAUGCUCUCAUAGCCUCGAUGACGGAGGCUAUCCAGUGCAAAAGAAUCGUACUAGUGGUAAUUGCAUGUACAAAUUGCUCGCUCAGCUUGAAUUGUGGAGUUUCUUGUAAUGCUGGUUUACAUUGGGAAGCAAAUGGAAGUCACAGUGACGCACGUUAAUAUUUGCAAUUCCGACUUCUAGUACGAUAUUUUUGCAGUCGAUAGAGGACCAGUUGAUGCAAUUUGGAGAAGAUGAUACAGUGAAAGGAAGUACUGAUUGCAACAUGCUUGAACUUCUUGUCAUGAUGCAUAUUUAUACUGAUGCGCAGUAAUUGACACGCUUUGGUUUUCAGUUGAUGCAAUGCAGAUAUUAAACUACAUUAAAAUCCUCUUUCAGAUCUCGUCUUCAAGCCUGCAACUUCUGCGCUCCCGAACACGCAACGCUCCGCGGACUUGAAGCAGAAAAAGAUAGAUUUGAUCAAGCGAAGAAGACAAGAGGCCGAGGAUAUCAACUGCAAACAUGUCUGGAGGGUCUGGAAACUUGUAAUGUUGGGUUGGGACGAAUAGUGAAUGCUGAUGCUCUGUAAUGCACAGCCAAGCAUGUUGAGAAAUAUCUGCGCUGAUUAGUGUUGCGCUUUCCGCAUGACAAACUGCGUUUUUGCGUGGUGACGAGUAAAAGGGUCUCUUCGUGGACACGCAUCACAAACUCUUCAGUCAUGCCAGACAAGCAUGACAGACCUUGCAGCAUCCUUCCAACCCAGACACAUUUGCAAUGCAUAGGGGAUGAGAAAAAACGCAAAGAGCAGGAGGAGGCACAGAGGCGGCUCAAGGAGCAGGAGGCGAAAAAACUCAAGGCAGAACAGGAGAGAAGACGGAAGGAAGAGGAGAGGAGAAAGAGGGAAGAAGAGGAGCAGCGGGCAAAAAUGGAGGGUGGUCUGGAUCAGCUAAUGGGGCACUUAGUGGCGAAUACAAGUGUGGAAAAUGUCAGCUGUGCAGGUAAACUUAGAAUUAGCUGAGACGCGAUAUAAUUCCGUGUGACUUGCAAUGUAAUAUUUAGAUUUCCCCCUCGAUGAGCCCUGGGUACAGUUGUACUAAAGUUGAGUUUGUUUCUUUUAUUAUGCGUGAAACCUGCAUCAAACCAAAACCGACAAAAAUCAUCAAGGUAUCGAGCUGGGGAGCGUCCGAUUGCGAUUGCUAGCACAAGCCUUGGAGAAGAACACAAGUUGUGUUUCAAUAGAUUUGUCGAGGAAAGGACUAAACGACGAAGGUAUAAUUUUUGAUGGAUUUUUCUGGUGCUGUGAUAGUGAUGCUCUCUAUGCAUGAAUGAUGAGUGUUGAAGUUGGCGGUGCUGCUGCUGACAAAACGUGAACACUGAAGAUCAUCAUGGCAGGGAACUUAAAAAAGGGACAACAACAAUUGAACUUUACCGACCUAACUAUCACAGACGGCGUCACGCUUGCAAAGAUGCUACACAAGAACGACUCGCUACGAAAAAUGGAUCUGGAAGGGAACAAUUUAGGCGUGAAAGCAGCAGCUGCCUUCGGGGAGGCACUCACGAAGAACGAGCGCGUCUUGUAUAAUUGACUUCUUUUUUAUCAUGCGCGAACGAGUGGUUGGCAUUUUUUCUCAUUGUCAACAUGCGAUGAACUCUCGAUAAUUAUCUGAAUCUGAACGGUUUUGAAAAUUUCCAUAACAGCUGCCUCAACCUCGAAGCCAACAAUCUAGUAGUCGGUGGGCAGGACAGCAGCGGAAUAGUGGAAUUGGCUAAGGGAUUGAGGAAAAACCAGGACGUACAGAUCUUAGCUCUAGCGAAAAACGGCCUGGGACCUGCCGCGGCGGAUGCGUUUAGUAUAAUCUUUUUUUACUGGAGGUCGAGAUUUUGAUUUUCACAUCACAUGCUGAUUUAUUGGUGUUUUACGUAAUCCAAAUCAAAAAUAUGCUAUCCACUAAUCAUUUGUUUCAAAUCAAAAUCGCCGACAUAAAUCGACGAAUCAAUGAUCUCAACAGACGACGCCCUGGACUUCAACAACGUGUUAACCCAGUUAUCCACAGAAAAAAACCCAUCCACAUCCAUUUUUUGCAUGACAAACACAGAACUUUAUGGUUAUGGAUGUUCUUUUGCAUGACAAAUUGGAUGUUGAUGGGUUUUUUUCUGUGCAUACCAGUUAGACCUCUCCCACAACGACAUACCACCGUUCACGCAGCAAAAAAUCGAGGCAAAAAUGGAGAAAAAUAGGGAACGAGCCUCGGCUUUGAGACGGCAGGAAAGGCGAGAGAAGUUCCACAUGUAUGCCGAGGAGUUCCAGAGCAGGCAGUUCAUGAUGCAGGUACGGAGUGGCACUAGAAGAUGAGAAGAUGACGAUUCUCGAUUUAUUCUUAAUCUUAUUGUGCUUUCUUGCUCUUGCAUGACAGUUUUUUGUUUCACCAGCGGUUUAUGCAAUGCAAAUUUCUCAUCUUCCCUCAGGUCGAAGCCAUGCGUCUGGAGAUGGAGGCUGUCCAGGAGAGGAGGUUAGCCAGGCUGCGGGAGCGGUUGGUAAAGUGGAAUGUGCAGUCACAGGAGGAGGAGAAACAGCUCGAGGAUUUGUUGGAAGACCUCAUGACCGAGUACGAAGAGCGAAAAGCGGCGAGAAAGGGAAAGAAGGGCAAAAAGGGAAAGAAGUAGGGGAGAACUACAACGUCGCACGUAGUUGUCGUGGCGGGACUGCCCGAGCAGUAGUAGAGGACUUCUCCAGGGGGCGGGUCACUUUGUUGACCAGUUCCCGUAGAAGAGCGGUGCUGGAAGAGGAACGGCGCAAAAAUGUCUUCUCUACUACAAUCUGCCUGUAUUUUUUACUCCCUACUACACGAGAAUACGCCUUGCAUGGGCACUGUGCUUGGGCACCUGCAACUCAACGAACUACAGCUUUUAUGUCGAUUUAGUACAAUUAAAUAGCGAAAAAUUAUAAAGAUUGAUCGCAGAGAACUCGGACUACACACCUUUUGAAUUUAACAUUACAAUCCGCGUCACGGUAAGAUAUCAAGAAAUUUAACCCAAUUGUCGUUUACAAAAGCCUAUAGCAACAAGAAGAACAAGAAAGCUUUUUUGAUACUACAGUUGCGAUGGAAGCAACGAGCAGAUUGAUCUGCAAGAACGAAGACAAAUUUUGUGAAUUCAGGCUGCCGCGACAGAAGAAUGUACAUUUUUGCAAUCGCCCCCGAUUGCUAAAUUUUGUAUGGAGGUACACUCUCUUGCCAUACUCUGUACGAGUAGAGACGAGGCAGCUUCAGGUAGUAUGAAAAUUAUAGCACUUUCGGAAAG